UUUCGAUAUUACUCCAAAAUAGUUAAUGGUUAUACUCUGAGUAACAUGGACUCCCUAGAAAAUGCCGAUAUUCGCAUCGACGCGUUUGAUUUCGAAGGUGAUGAAACAAGUGAUUCCGAAGAUGAUGAAACUACUGCAACUCAUCUUUUCAGUGAUGAUGAAAUAAAUGCAACUCGUCUUAUUCAAGGAAUUUGCAAUGUUCGGUCUCUAACCUUAGUCAUUGAUGGACUGAUUCCCCCAACAAGUCCAUUUCCUAUGUUUGACAACCUUAUUGAAUUCAAUUUUUAUGGGAGAGAAACUUGGCUUGUGGAGUUUCUAUAUUGUGCUCCUAAUCUAAAGACACUUAAAUUCAGUUUUUCGGUAUGUACGUAAGUCUUUGUUUAAGCAUGUGUAUUUGUUGCAAUUGAUUGUUUUAGUGUUGGUUAUAUCCACAGUUACGAUAAACUUGAAAGAAAUCGGUAGCAUGCGAGAUCACCUAAAUUCAUGGUACAAAUCAAAUAACUUUUCUUCUUUUGUCAUGAGUUUAGGAUGUUGUAGGAACUCGGUGGAAGACUUUACUUACAGAAGUUCCUUCUUGUCUGUUAUUUCACCUCAAGGAGAUUGAGAUGCAAAUUUCAUACUCUGAGAGGCAUAUAUGAUUAGUUAUUUCUUCGAUAAUGCAAUA